GAUGCCAACUGUAUCAAUCAUCAGCAGGAAACUCCGCUACUCCUGCACAUCAAAGGAUACGGCCGUUUUCUCCCCAUCGACAAACACCUGCGCAUCAUGGAGGCCUUGCUUUUGAGCCCCUUCAUCAACCUGAACUAUCGAGAUAAAUAUGGGCGUACUGCAUUUUGGCAUGCGAUGGACAAUCCAAGCCCAAGGCUGGCUGAACUCCUCCUACAACAAAGGAAUAUGGAUUCAAACUGUAUCGACAAGUUCGGUCAGACUCCUUUGGCACAGGCUGCUCAAAAUGGCUUCUUACCUCUGGUCAAGCUUCUCCUACGAGAUCCGAGACUUGAUAUAAGUCCCCGAUGUGCCGAUGCAGUACCGCCCCUUUGGUCAGCAUGUCGUGCAGGACAUUGCUCCAUGGUAAAUUUUCUCCUGCAGAAUUCGGCCGAUAUCAAUCAGAGAAGUCCGUCAGGACUGACGCCACUAUGGAUUGCAAUAGCUAUGGAGCAUGUAAAUAUAGUACAUCUUCUUCUCAGCUACGAAGAGACUAUAUCAGUCAAUGACCAAGGUCCUCAAUCCUUUACUGCGCUCAUAUUCGCAUCAGCCAAUGGCAGGCUUAAAAUUGCCACAUUUCUAUUGGAACACCCUGGUAUCAACGUAAAUGCAGUGGAUGAUCAGGGAAGGACCGCUUUCUGGUGGGCCGCAUCUGGUGGGCAUUUUGAUGUUGUGCAAGUUUUGUCCAAGGAGCGUGGUAUCAAAAAGAGAUUGAAAGAUUUGGAAGGCAAGACAGCAUACGCCAUCGCCAAGGAUCAUAAUCAUGUAAACGUCAGGCAUUAUUUGAGAAAUUUUUAG